AUGACGACACUGAUUGUGACUCUAAUGCGUGGCGGUGAACCUAUGGCCCUUGGCGUGAGUGAAGCGUUACCACUCGCCACGUUUCUCCAUGCGAAGGAUCCAGCCGACAUUACAUCCAAGCAUCUAUCAAAAUGUGUGACAUUUAUACUUGUGGACUCGGUUAUUAACACCGGAAACCUCGAAGGGACAAUUCGCGUCGUGGUCAUGACAGGAGUAAUUCGUUCCCAACCUCUUUCUACGGGAAGAAUUUCACAGGAGUUCAGUCGAUUUCAAGGGCUUUCUUUCAUUUCCCUUCGCCUUUCAGACAACCAUUUUACUGGUCACGGAGCCACCGAUACUGGUAACAGAUUGUUCAACACUGUUCAUUUGGAUUUAAUCACCGGUCAUGGGUGCGAUUAG